GCAAUAAAGAGCUCCGGACCACCCGGGAUGUCAUCUAUAAAGUCGGGUCCCUUCUAUUCCGGCGCAUAAUCUCAAUUCCAACCCUUCCGCAUCCGCCAUCAUGGUGAACGUCUUCCAACGCCUCGCCAGACGAGCAACUACCAGUUCCGGCAGUACCGUGCCUGACCCCGGUAUCGAUGGGAAUAAUAUUUCAUCACGAUCGCAUGAUUUGCAUCGGACUACUAGUAGGAAUUCAUGGAAGCGAAAUCGGCGGUCAAUUGUCGAGGAGCCUUCGCCACGACAUCUGAUUCUGAUCUCGGAUAAUGCUACUUUCGAUCCUCAUAUUAUUCAGCGGUUUCAAGCUGAGGGGUUUGAUGUGACUUAUCUUGGAUUCGUGUGUACGGAUGAUGCGGAGAAGGAUCGCAAGUCUUUGGAGUUUGCAGUGCAUGAGAAGGAGGAUGAGUUGGAGGCUGGAGAGAGAUAUGCUAUAGUUGCAUACAAUCGACCAGCAUAUUACCUUCUCGGCUCUCACCACCUCGCAACAACCAAAACAAACCCCUUCCCCCGUCUCUGCGCCCUAAUCGCCUACUACCCACUAACAUCAACCGAGCAACUCGCCGCCCUAUCAUCAUCCCACACCACAGAUUGUUGUACCCCUGCCUGCUCAGACACAAGUUCCAUCUUCGACCCCAGCCCUUCCGCAACUUACCUGCCCAUCCAAAUCCACCUCCCAGGCCACAACCCAAACCCCCGCACCUUCUGGCCCUGGAUUAGCAUCUCCCCCUCCGAGGGGGACGUAUCCUACAAAAAGCGUCACCGCUGCCACGUAUACACCUACCCGGACGCACGGGCGGGAUUCGCAGAACACAGGCCGUCGAAUUAUAGUAUCGCUGAUAACGGGCCUCACGAUGAUGAUAGGAUUAGUUCGCAGUUGGCGUGGAGUCGGGCGUUGGGGUGUUUGCGGCAUGCGUUUGGGGCCGGGAGUAAUUGGCCUGUGGCUGAUAUUGAGACUGUUUGGGAGGAGUAUUGGUUAAGGUUGAUGGGGGAUUUGGAUGGUGUUAGAUCGGAUGGAGGGGGGCAGAAGGGGUCUGGGUCGGCGAUGGAGAUUGUGUUGAGGAGGGGGAGUGAUUUGAUUUGUGCAGGGGGUGGGGGGUCGAGUAUGCAUGAUGAGCAGAGUGCGAAGGUGGUUUGUACGCCUACGAAGGCUGGAGGAUCUACUCCGGAUGAUCUGAGGACCUUUUUCACAGACGUCUUCAUUCCGGCUGGACCACCCAGCCAGCAUAUUCGUCUUCUGUCGAGGACGGUUGGUGCAGAUCGAAUAGUGGACGAGAUUCUGUUCACGUUCUGUCAUAGCAAGGAAGUACCGUGGCUACUUCCCCGUGUACCGCCGACGAACCGUGAUAUCCAGGUGGUUGUCGUGGUGGUGGCUAGCUUCUUCGCUGAUAGGAUUGUGCAUCAAAGUUUGUAUUGGGACCAGGCAGAUGUACUCGUGCAGGCGGGAUUAUUGGACUCGGAUUUCGUGCCAAAGAUGACUACGGAGAUACAAGGGUAAGCUGAUUACGAUGAUUGGGGAUUUUGAGAAUCUAAGUAGAAAUGGAAGCAAAUUGUGACUUAUA